AUCCUUGUUCUACGAAGCUCCCCUCGGCUACGGAAUUGAAGACGUGCGACCAAACGGUGGAAUUAAGAAAUUCAAAUCUGCUGCUUACUCCAACUGUGCUCGCAAACCAUCCUGAGUUCUGAUCCAUACUGCAUAACCCGUAGAUAGUAGUUAUUCAUUCAAUCGUGUUUUUUUUAUUCUACCAAACCUUUCUUUGUCUUCUCACGUCUCAUAUUCCACCUUAUAAUUUCUGCAACACUCUUUUAUAAAUGACGGUCGAAGUCAUGUCUGCUAUUGGCUUUGAAGGCUAUGAAAAGAGACUUGAAAUUACUUUUUCUGAACCUGGUUUCUUUGCUGACCCUGGAGGCAAGGGCCUCCGUUCUCUGACUAAGGAACAACUGGAUGUAAUUCUGACACCGGCUCAGUGCACCAUUGUUUCUUCUCUAUCAAAUGAGUUAUUAGACUCUUACGUUCUUUCGGAAUCAAGCCUCUUUGUUUACCCAUAUAAGAUUAUCAUCAAGACUUGUGGCACCACAAAGCUGCUCCUUUCGAUCCCACCUAUACUUGAGUUAUCUUCCGAACUCUCCCUUGCUGUCAAAUCUGUAAGGUAUACUCGUGGAAAUUUUAUCUUUCCAGGAGCACAGCCGUUUCCACACCGUAGCUUCAUCGAAGAAGUGGCGGUCCUUGAUAGUUACUUCGGGAAGCUUGGUUCUGGCAGCAAAGCCUAUGUCAUGGGAGGUGUUGACCAAAGCCAACGAUGGCACGUCUAUUCUGUUUCAGCAGAAUCCACUGAUCCGCCCAUUUACACACUUGAAAUGUGUAUGACGGGUUUGGAAAAGAAGAGCGCUGCCGUGUUUUUCAAGACUCAAUCUAGCUCUGCAGCUGAAAUGACUGAAGUUUCUGGUAUCCGAAAGAUUCUACCCGAGUCCCAAAUUUGUGAUUUUGACUUUGACCCGUGUGGGUACUCGAUGAACGCCAUUGAAGAGGGUGCUAUUUCAACUAUCCAUGUAACACCUGAAGAUGGUUUUAGCUAUGCUAGCUUUGAAGCUGUGGGUUAUGCCUUAGAAUCGUCCACCGAGCUAACCCAUUUGAUUGAAAGGGUAUUGGCUUGCUUCCAGCCCCGUGAGUUUACUGUAUCGUUGCAUGGAAAUGACUUAAAAGAUCAUCAAAAUCUGAAUGUGGAAGCAUAUACUGUGAAAGAAAGAAGCUUUGAAGAUCUGGGUGAAGGUGGUUCAAUGGUGUAUUAUGGAUUCUCUAAGGGAGAUAGCUGCUGUGGCUCUCCCAGGUCCACUCUGCAUGGCUGUUGGAGUGAGCACGAAGACGAAGAAGUGGCGAAGAAAUAAGGCUUGACUAAUCAAGAUUUACUGCUUAAUAAUGUUGCUUAUGUUUAAGUUUAUGUUGUUGAGGGCUUGGUGUUCCUAUUGUUCCUUGCCCAUUUAGUACUUGUUGCUUUUGGUUAUUAUGUGUUAUGGACAUCAUUUGCAGUAUCAAUAAAACCUUGUGGCAUGUUUUAUA